GUGACUUUGACUUUGACAGCAAGUCAAUGGCCGAUUGCAUGGUUGUCAGUUGGAAUUAAAUCCACAUUAAAUAUUUACAUUCCAAUAUAUUAAAUAUGAGGUGACGUGGAUCUAGUUAAAGUUAAAAGUCUAAUCAUUCCAGUAGUAGUCAUAAAUAUUUAAUUGUAUGUUAAAAAUGGCGGGUGCCCCGGUGAAAUUGGGUUCUAUUCUUUCAUUUUUUAUUCUGUUUUAUGCGAUGUAUUUUCGCCGUAAUGACAUAGGUGAUGAAAGAUUAUCACCUGUGAAGAAUCAUCUACUGUUUUUGGAGAGUGAGAACAAAGUUGGUGUUGGGAACAGUCAGCCGAAAGUUGCUUUAGGUUAUGGAGCAUGUCAUGACUUGUUCGUCAAUGCUACUUCGCUUCUGGACUAUACAGAUCUUAAAGGCAACCCUGAACAUUUCAACGAGAUCACAAAUAAAGAGGAGUUUGUUAAAAGCUUCACUUACUUUUUCAAACAUGGUGCAGCUGCUGAGAGAUUCAUGUCUAACAGCAAGUUAUAUGAUGAAUUAGUGGAACAAGCCCUUAAACUGCCAGACACAAGAUGGGCGAUUGGUGGAAAUGCACCCUUAAUGGCCAGAAGAUUCUUUCUGGAGGGUUGGAAAGUACUAUUUGGAGCAAAAAUGAGUAAAAAACUGAAAAAAUAUAUCCCUGAAGAAAUCCUUAUAGUUGGUGAUAAUGAAAAUGAAGAAGUGAAAGAUGAUAUACAUAUGAUUUUAGAAUACAAGGCCGAUGAAAAGUUUGGUAAAUACAAAGCUCCCCGAGCAAAUAGAUACAUCAUGCAUAAUGAUGAAAAUAAUCCACUUUUAAGUUCCUUAGAGAAGCUCGGUGAACAUUUGACCAGCUUCAAACCCAAUUUGCUAGUCAUUAGCGGUCUACAAAUGAUGGACAACUUCCCUUUCAAACAAGAUGGUAGAGAUUUAAGAGCGGAAAGACUGGAUCUAGUCAAAGAACAAAUUUUAUCACAACCUUUGAACACAUUAGCUCAUUUUGAAAUGGCAAGUUAUGUUGAUUUAGAAUUACUACAACAUCUUACAACUAAAGUGUUACCUUUUGUUGACUCCGUUGGUAUGAACGAACAAGAAUUAUCAAACCUCAAUAGUGUGUUAGAACAUGGCCGUGUUGUUGUCGUCGCUGACUCCAAUCCAAGAGUGGCAACAGCAUUAGAUCAAAUGAGAAACACGUACAAACUCAUACGUGAGAAGAACAAUGCAUUCGGUAGCAAGAGAAAGUUGACAAGAAUGCAUGUACAUACUUUAGCUUAUCAAGCUAUUUUAACUGUACAAAAUUCAGAAUGGAAGAGAACAGCUGCAGCAGCAGCUAAAGCAUCACUGACAGCACAUAGAUAUGUUUGUAAUUCACAAAAUAUAAACCUUGAAAAGACAAAAUUAUUACUCGAUGACAGUUUUUCAACAACUACUAACAAUGAUAAUAAUAGUAGAGUUUUCUUUGAGCCUAAUAAACCAGUAGCAUGUUGGGAGGAGACGAUUGUAGGUGACAAGGUUGAGAUAUGUGUCGCUCCAGUUCUUAUAUGUACGGAGGCUCAAUUAACCGCAGGUGCGGGGGAUAAUAUCUCUGCAGCAGGUUUGGUUUUGCAGGUUGAAAUUUGAGUUAUUACUUAAAUUCAUAUUUAAUUCCAUAAAAAAAUUAUAACCAUAUGUUAAAUUCUUAAUAUAUUGAGGAAUAAUUAUAUUUAUAAUAUUUAUUACUUUUAUGAAAAAAAUGUAAUCAGAAACUUGCCAGCUAGGAACCUAUUUUGUAAAAUUAAAAGUUUGAUAUCCCGAAUUUAAGCUAUAAUUUGUAUGUUUUAUAUAUACAUUUACAGGUUAUGUUUGAAAUGGGUUUAUUAUUCAAGCUUAAAUGUUUUUAAAUUGUAGAUCAAACAGUGACAUAUUAAGGAACAAAAUGUACAUGUGGUUAUUGGUACUUAAUCAUAAGUAAAUAGGAUUUAAUUUAAACAUGUCUGAAUUAUGGUAGCUGCCGGAUUCAAAUUCUAUUAAGAAUUUUUCAAUUUAUCAACACCCUGUAUGUACUUACCAUUUUAUUGCGAACAAAUAUACAAAAAGUUGGUGUUUUUAAACAUGUGUAGCAACAGUUGAAACCCAGUUGAGAACAUUUUAUCAAUUAACUCACUUAGAUCCGAGAGAGAAGGGUUCAGUAAUUUCUACAGCAUUUUGUAUUAUUAAAUUGAAUCUUCUCAAAAGAUAUUAACAAUAUUUCCUUUCAAGAUUCUACUAAAAUACUAUAGCGGACUAUACUACGGUCGGUCACAGGAGUGGGGGUGGGCUCAGGUUUUUGUCACAUAGUCGUUACUUGUUAUUUUUCAUAAUACAUAAUUCACUAGUAAUUUAAAUAUGCUAUAAAGAGGAGUAUGAGCCAAAUUAUUUAUUUUUUCAAUUUUUGCCUGUGAAAUGAUUAAAAAUCAUAAUUAUAAAUUACUACCCAGGGGAGGGAGGGGUCGAAAAAGCUAAAAAACGUCGGUAUGGUAAACGGUCAUUUAAAUUACAGCCACUUCCUGUACAUUUAAUCCAAAAUUUGGUUUAUAUAUGUGUUUCUGAUAACGCAAUAUUGUAUGAAAAAAAUGCCUAAUAUUUAUUAUUUUUAUGAACGAAUUUAUUUAUUAGUAACCAGACUUUCAUACUGUUUUUACAACUUACUCUUUAUAAAAAGUUUGAAACAAAUUUGAACAAAAUCAAUUUGUAACUGUUAUCUUGUUAAUUGAUAUUAUUGUAAUUAUUAAAAAGCCUUUAUAUAUUUACAAAUUAAAAAAAAAACUUAAUUUAUUAAAAAUAUUUGCUAGUCAGUCACAAGAAACUGUCAAACAUGGGUUUACACUACGGAAUCGGUAUAAAAUGUUUUUGUACACGUAUUUCAACAGUGGAAACUCGUAGUAACCAGUUUUAAUCUUUUGACUAAAAAUGAGGCUUACGGAUUUGAUUUUUACUAAUGCAGAUUUAUGAAUUUUGUUUAAAAUAUUUCGCCUUUUUAAAACAUUCCAAAAUAUAUAUGGGAAAUGAA